UUAGUAUUAAAAAACUUUUUUCAUUUUUAUUAUUUUGUUUGAUCAUCCUUUCCUUCCAUUGGCAUAUAAACUCCACAAAGGCAGGAAGUUUUUCUGUCUUGUUCUUUGCUGUACCUCCAAUGCUCAGAAUAGUGCCAGGCUCUCAAUAAAUCUUUGUCAAAUGAGUGAGGGAAAUGUUCAAUUAGCUGCCAUGCUGGACAUUAUCCAGAAAAUUAGGAGUUGGGUGAGCAUCUGAUGCUGAAGAGUCUUGAUUGCCCUCUGAGGGCUCUCCUACAGUUUCAUUGGGCACUGAUACCUGCCUACCCAGUUAAAAGGAAAGGGUUCAAGCCCUUCACUCCUUUGUAAAGUGAGAACAUUGCCCUUUGCCUCACUAACAGCCUAUUUUAAGGGAGAACUUUUAACCCUUAGAGGCUUUGACACGGAAGCACUAGUUAGCUAUAUUCUACUUGAAGGUAUGGAAGCCAACAUUGUCCAUUUCAGCAACCCUGCCAGUUACCACUGCUAGCUGACCUAAGGUUUUUGUUGUUGUUGUUAUUUUCUUCCUGUCCCCCAUCCCUUGAAUUUAAAAUCUCCCAUUAAACAAAAUGGCAAUGUAAGGCCUCAUUGGGAACCUGGGUCAGUACGUGGCCUAAAUCUAUUUCUUGCCAGCCUUUUUUUUUUUGAGACGGAGUUUCGCUCUCGUUACCCAGGCUGGAGUGCAAUGGCGCGAUCUCGGCUCACCACAACCUCUGCCCCCUGGGUUCAGGCAAUUCUCCUGCCUCAGCCUCCUGAGUAGCUGGGAUUACAGGCACACGCCACUGUGCCCAGCUAAUUUUUUGUAGUUUUUAGUAGAGACGGGGUUUCACCAUGUUGACCAGGAUGUUCUCGAUCUGCCAACCUCGUGAUCCACCCGCCUCGGCCUCCCCAAGUGCUGGGACUACAGGCUUGAGCCACCGCACCUGGCCUCUUGCCAGCCUUUGAGAUCUAAGGAAGUUACUGCACAUGAAGGAAAGAACUGAGAUAGCCAUCUUCUGGUGAUACUGUAUAUUUGGAUCAGGUUCAUUUAUUCAUUUGCUCAUUUGUUUAUUUAUUUACAUUCAGAGACUCAUAGUCAAGUGGGAGAGACUGAGAGUAGAUAAUUGCAGCAGUGGAUGUAUAUAUGGAGGAGAAACCUUUUGUAUCAGCAGGUUCCUGCUGCAGGAGUGUCGUAUAACAACUCCCAAACCUUAGUGGCUUCCAACAACAAAUAUUUUGUUCCUCCUUUUACAUCUGUAGGUCAGUGGGGAUGCCUGCUUCAGGGCGGUCAGGCUCAGGUCUGUCCUUGUAACUCUCUUUCUGGAACUUAGAAUGAAGGGGCAAUGGAUAAUUGGGACAAGCUUUUCUCAUGGCAUGUGGCAGGAGUACAAGAAGCCAGGUCAAACCACAAAAGCACAUUUAGAGCUUACGCUUGCAUCACAUUUGCUAACAUUCCAUCAGCCAAAGCAAGUCACAGGCCAAGCCCAGCAUUAGGAGGAUAGGGAUGAAUUCUUUGCUUACUCUAGUGGGAACAUGAUUAUAUAGUUCUGUUACAGGGAGGGAGUGAAGAGUUAUGAAUAAUCAUUGAAUCUGCUACAGCUUUAACUUUGGGUCUGGAAAUUACGGAAGGCUUCAUGGAGGUGGUAACUUUGAUCUGUCUUGAAGGAUAAGUAGUUUUUAAGAUGAACAAGCAGGUAGUAGCAUAUACAAACACAUACAAAUUAAAAAGAAAAUGAAGUAAUUUCUUAAUAUUUAUUUGAGCAAUUACUGUGGGGAGUAUACAAAGAGCUAGGGGAAAUUUAUACAAAGGUCAUUAGAUUCCCUGUCAAUGAAACCCAAACUUCAUGGAAGAUCAGAAAGAGACAUAAUACAGAAGAGAAAUAUGUAACUAAUUAUAGUCUUAUUCAGCUUGUUGGAACAAAAGUGUGAACUCAGAGGAAGCUAGGACAUAUUUUUAGUAGCUAUUUUUGCUGCAGAAUGCAAGACGUGUUCUUUUUAUAUUCAUUAUUUCAUUUAAUCUUUACAAUCUAUGGGGGACAUCCUAAUGUCAAGUACAAAUGAGAAAACAGCCUCACAGUGGUUGGUAACUUGCCCAAGAACUUAUAGCUAGCAAGUGGUAGAAGAACUUCCCAGUAAUUCUAUUUUUCAAGUAAUUAAUUUAUAAAUUGUAUUCACUAGUGUACAUACUCUUUUAUUCUUAAGUGGGGCUGCUUUAAAAUUUACUUAAGAUUUUUAGUGUCUACUGUAUGUGCAGCGCUGCACUUGUUAAAAGUACCCCAACCUUGAGUAGAUCACCUCUGAAUUUCUGUCUGGUUGUGUCAUUCUUCAGUUCUCACUUCCUUCCCAUUACAUAUGUAUUUAAGCUGCUUCAAAGAAAAUAGGAUUCUUGCACAUGGUGCCACUUAACAAUCCUCACUUUGGAUGGCGAGGUGUUUUGAAAUUCUGCCUCUUCCUUCCCCCCAUUUAUAUACACGUACAGGUAGGUAUUUUUCUCCUAAGAAAUGGAGGGAGCCAAGCUUGUUAAGUUCCUCUAGGUCAACAAAGAUUAGCAGUGGGACUGGAUGAAGAAUAACAAUUCUCACUCUUCUGGAAACUACCUCUACCUAAUAUUGGUUCUCCUGUUACUAUGGAGCCACAUAUAUAGUACGGGGAAUGUUGCUACUUGAGAAGAGGUAGGUGAUGCUCUGAUUCUGCUGCCUCUUAUGAAUUGACAACGGGAGCAGAGAGAGAAUAACCUGUGUCUAAGACUGGACCAGAGAGGGAGCGUGCUGGGAGCCAUUGUAGGAACAAGUGACCUGUCUGGCACGGAAUACAGCAUCCUUCUGAGAGCCUCUUCUCAACAUUAUCCCAUGGACCACGAAUUCCUCAUGGGGAAGACUACUUAGGAUCUUGCUAUCAGCUGCCCGAAACUUUUGCUGAGCUACAAUAAGACUUUUGCCACAGAACUGAACAAGAUAUUUCAUUUUUGUGUCUUUUGAUCUUCCUGGUUGCAUUUUUAGUUGUUCGGCCUUGAGAAUUUUGAGCCACAUUUGUUGCUAUUAUUUUUGCAUGCACUUUUCAAAAUGAUUGACUUAGGUUUCCUGACUGAAGAGGAACAAGAGGCCAUCAUGAAGGUUCUGCAGCGGGAUGCUGUUCUGAAGAGGGCCGAAGAAGAGAGAGUCAGACAUUUGCCUGAAAAAAUUAAGGAUGACCAGCAGCUGAAGAAUAUGAGCGGCCAAUGGUUUUAUGAAGCCAAGGCAAAAAGGCACAGGGACAAAGUCCAUGGCGCAGAUAUUAUCAGAGCAUCUAUGAGAAAGAAGAGGCUCCAGGUAGCAGCUGAGCAGAGUGAAGACAGAGCAAAUGGGGCAAAGGAAAGCUGGGUGAAUAAUGUCAACAAAGAUGCUUUCCUUCCUCCAGAGCUGGCUGGCGUUGUAGAAGAGCCAGAAGACGAUGCAGCACCAGUAAGCCUAAGUUCCAGUGUGGUAAAUCCAGCUUCCACUGUGAUUGAUAUGUCUCAGGAAAAUGCAAGGAAACCAAAUGUGUCUCCAGCAAAGCAGAGAAAGAAUCCAUUUAAUAGCUCCAAGUUGCCAGAAGGUCACUCGUCACAACAAACUAAAAAUGAACAGUCAAAAAAUGGAAGAGCUGGUUUAUUUCAGACUUCAAAAGAGGAUGAAUUGUCAGAGUCAAAAGAAAAGUCAACUGUCGCAGAUACUUCAAUGCAAAUGUUGGAGAAAUCAAACCAGACUUUGCCAGGCCUUUCAAAUGGGUCCCAAAUCAAGGCUCCAAUCCCCAAAGCCAGGAAGAUGGUCUACAAAUCAAUUGAUUUAAACAAAGAUGAUAACCAGCCUUUUCCAAGAGAAAGGACAGACUCCCUGAAAAUGAGAGGGGCUCCAAGAGGGAUCCUCAAGCGCAACUCCAGUUCCAGUAGCACAGACUCAGAAACCCUUCGUUUUAAUCACAACUUUGAACCCAAAAGCAAAAUUGUGUCACCUGGCCUAACCAUCCAUGAGAAAAUUUCUGAGAAAGAGCAUUCUUUAGAGGACAACUCUUCCUCAGACUCCCUGGAGCCAUUAAAGCAUGUGAGAUUCUCUGCAGUGAAGGAUGAGCUUCCACAGAGUCCUGGGCUAAUCCAUGGACGGGAAGUUGGAGAAUUUAGUGUUUUAGAAUCUGACAGCUUGAAGAAUGGAUCGGAAGAUGCAGGGGACACAGAUAAGUUGCAGAAUGACCCUAAGACUUCUCAAUACAGAAAGCCUUUGCCUUUUCAUCAGUCAGCCUCAAGCCCAAAUGUAUCAAAAAGUGAAACACAUCAGCCAAUGACUUUUGGUUCUUUUCCAAUUAAUGGGCUCCAUUCUCACUCAGAAGUUUUAACUCCAAAACCACAGUCCAUGGAGAAUUCACCAACCAUCAGUGAAUCCAAAGAUAAAUCAUCAGAAUUAACAAGGCUUGAAUCUGUAUUACCUAAAAGCCCUGCUGAUGAACUGUCUCAUUGUGCUGAGCCUGAGCCAUCUCAGGUGCCAGGUGGCAGUUCUAGAGACCAUCAGCAAGGUAAGCCCCCUCCUCUCCCGGCUAUAAAAGCUAAGACAUCUUCACGUUCUGAUCCAUAUGCCACUGAAAUAAAGAAGACAACUGAUGAUUCCAUAUUUAAAGUUCUAGACUGGUUUAACCGAAGUUCUUAUUCAGAUGACAAUAAGCUAUUCCUCCAACAUCUCCGAGGAAUACAGUCCAAAGAAAAAGUAGACUCAAAAUCGCAGGUUGUUAUUGACUUGGUGACAGAUAACACCACUCUAAAAGAAAAUGGCUUGAAGGCCCUAUCAUCCAGCAAAAUUGAAUUGAAGCCUAUGAGAUGUGAUUCAGCAUUCCAAGUAGAGGGAGAUAUGCUGCUUUCUGAAAGUUGCCAAGAUAAUAAUAUGAAUAUCAAAUCCAAAUUCAUGAAUUUGUCUCAACAAGGCACCCCAAAGGAAUGCCGAGAUAUACUGCAACCAUUUGAAAGCUAUGAUACCCCAAGUCAAAAAAUUAAAAAUGUGGACUAUAGCCAAGAUUCAAAAAGCAUAGGAAAAGGGAAUGGGGUAUCUCCUCAAAAUAGUAACUGUUCCUACAGUGUUCUCAAGGGAUCUGAAGCAGAAGACCAAGUUCCAUGCAACACUAACAAUAUUGGCAACUUGGGUGAAGAAGAACCCAAGUUUCAUGCUGAUGAAAAAAAGAGAGGACAUUCAGAAGUGAGUUUUGACUCAUCAACAAGUGUCAAAGAACCGACUUUGAAAAAUAACAUGAAAGCAGAGAGAACGAGCAAAGGAGGAAAUUCCUAUAUUCUAAAAGCUUCUUUAGAGCCAGAGAAUAUUAAGUCAACACCUGGGAUUGCCAACAAUGACUCUCCUUGGAAGAAGCCCGAGGUCCAACUACGGCAAGAAGCUGGUGAGGUUCCCAAGAACCAAGUACAGAGAGAAAAAUACAAAAGAGUGAGUGACAGAAUAUCCUUUUGGGAAGGAGAGAAAGCUGCUACUAAGAUAACUCAUAAAGAACCCACAUCUUCAUGUAGCCAGAAACAACCUUCUGAUAAAGCAUAUCAGCCUGUGAAGAAGUCACAGGGUGUAUCAUCCAUGGACAGUUUAUCUACAGACCAGAGUGAAUAUAAUCAGGUCACUGCCAAACAAGUGGUCCUAGAUGAGGAUGAUGAAACAUCUCAGCUCUCCAAUUCUUAUUCCUCAAAUAAAUCUAAAGAGACCAAGCCCCAAAUAUCAGGUCUAUCCAGAAACUAUCUUUCAGCUGAGCAAUCAGAUAAAGUGUCUCUGUUUCAGAAUAAGAAAAAUGAGCCUAUGACAAGAUCACCAGUGGCAGACAGUUUGCCCUCUAGAAGAAAUAUUACAUUACCAGCACUACGAUGUCCCUCAAAUGCUGGGAAUGAACAACAUGCUCCUUUGGGGAAAGACAGACCUCUAGUUGGUGAAUCAAAUGCCAACUUUAAAGUUAUGACCCUAAAAGAAAGAAUGGAUGAAUCCAAUACAGAACAGGUCUAUAAUCACUCUCAGUUUGAGAAUUUGAGAAAGUUUUGGGACUUAGAAGCUAAUUCAAACAGUAGGGUUAAUAAUAAGAAUACUAGCACAACAAGCCAAAAAAAUUCUAUGCCUUUUAAUAGGCAGAAACACAAGGAAUUCAGUUACAUUAAAUUAUCAGGUAAAAAUACCCAUGAAGCAGAGGUGCUUCUAAGCCCCAAAAAACUUACGGCAAGAGAGGAAAUGGAGGAAUUAAAUUCAAAGGGUAUAUUCCAGGUGCUACCAGGUGAAACUGUAUUUCCUUUGAAUCCACUUAGAAAGCAUACUCAUCAGUUGCCAGAAAAUGAGUCAUCAAAGAAAAACGUAGACAAGAAUAUGGAAGGGAUUGUUACUCCAGUGUUUAAGGAAGAAAAGGAUUACUCAGACCAAGAGAUUCAAGAAUCCAUAGUAAAAACCAAUAUUUUGUCUAAAGACUACAAAGACACUUUUAAUGACAGCUUGCAGAAACUGCUUUUAGAACCCUCAACACCAGCAGUUCAACCCUCUGGUGGAAAAGUUCAUGGAAAACACGUGCUCAAACCAGGUGUUUCUGAAAAUAGGACACGGCCUCAAAAAACAGAUUUUACUGAUACUGAGGAAGAAGUCAAAAGACCUGAGAAGAUCAUUAAUGAGCAUGUUGAUAAAACAGUAGUUCCUCCAAAGGUUAAACGAAACUCUUUGACUGCUAGUCUAGACAAACUCCUGAAGGAAGCAACUGGAACUUCACCCUCUCCCUUGCAAACCAAGUUGGAGCCUGUUACCCCUAGAACCAACUCUAAGCUGGAAGAGGGUAGAUUUUUUGGAAAAGGGAUAGAACAGAGUCACAACACUUCAGCUGAUAAGAGAGAGAUAAUAGCUCCUUUUCCAGCAGGAAAUGAAACUUUGGGAAAUACAGCAGCUCCCAGCAAGAAAGCUGAAAGUGGUGAGUGCCAGCUAAACACAGAGAACUUGAUUCAGAUGGCUGCAGAAGAGUCUCAUCCAUUGGAUCCAACUUCCCAGCUUUCCAGAAAGGGUUCUUUUGGGGGCGUGGCUAACCCUCACCAAGAUACGCUUUUUCCCCAGGAUGCUCAUCUUGUUCCCCAGGCUAGGGCACUCCCUCCUCAAAUGGAAAUUUCAGAAACUGUAGAGAAAGUCAUUCUUCCACCCAGACCUGUGUUGAAUGAUGUAAAUGCUGCAUUACAGAAGCUGUGUAGAGAAGUACAGUUAAGUUGUCCAGCUGGGAAGGAAGUAGGUCCUGGAGAAGUGAACCCAGGAUUUCCUGAAGGAGUACAGGCAGCAGGUAGCCCGCUAAAUCCUCCAGGAGUGAUCUCACCAUGGGCUACAAUGGGCAUCAUAGUUCCAGAAAGGAAGGAUUUUUAUUCUUCCACUGUAGUUCCUGAUCAAACUCAUGAAGUUGGAUCUUAUUUAGCUGCCCAAAUGUCUCCAUUGGAACAGACCCUUAGCUCAUGCAGUUCCUUUGUUUUUCAAUAUGGCAAAGGCCUACCUCAGGAAGUGGCAGAAAUUGUGAGGGAAACAAUUAUUCAACCUAAAUCAGAGUUCCUCGAAUUUAGUUCUGGCUUAGAGAAACUAAUGAAGGAAGCGAUUGAAAACUUCCCUUCAAAAUAUGAAAGUGAUACAGAGAAUCUUUCUCCAUCACAGUUAAUAGAUAGUACAAAAGAGCCCAGGCAAGCCACUUCUGAAUUCCAUCCUGAGGAAUUAGAAGAAACAGUAGAAAAGACUGAGGCUCCAGUAAUAACUGAGAGCGCUUUUGAUGCUGGUUUUGGGAAACUUCUUAAAGAAAUAUCUGAAGCUCCUCCUUAUCGACCCAAGGUGUCAGUGAAAGAAGAAACUCAUGAGGAGGAGUCCUCACAGUCAGAGCAGACCAGAUCCUUGGGGACAGUGCCCUGUUUUUAUGGGGCAGCCUCGCGGGCCUUUGAAAUGAAGGUUAAAAGUAAUGGUUUGGAAUCUCAAGUCAACCAAUGUGAUAAAAUGUUGGGAGGAGAUGUACUUGUGACUGAUUUAUUGGUAGAUUUUUGUGGUUCCAGAAGUGGGGUUGAGAUCCCUAGAACCCCACAACUUUAUGUGGCUCAUGAAAUAGGGACCAUUAAAACUGUAAAACUCCCAGAGGACAGGGACAGUGAAAGUGGGGUUGCAGGGGGACAAGAGACUUUUCAGGAACCUGGCUUUGGAGAGGCUUCUGAAGCAAUUAGUGGGUCCAGAAAUAGGCAACCCAUUCCUUUCCUGAUGAACAAAGAAAACUCUACAAAAACAAGUAAAGCUGAAUUGAUUCCGGCAUUGCCAUGUAAGAAACAAGAGAAAAAGGAUGAAAAAGAAGGUUUCUCUGAGUCUGAUUUUUCAGAUGGAAACACCAGUUCUAAUGCAGAGAGCUGGGGAGAUCCCUCCAGUUCAGAAGAAGAACCCAGUCCCGUUUUGAAAACUUUGGAAAGGAGUGCCGCUAGGAAAAUGCCUUCCAAAAGUCUAGAAGACAUUUCAUCAGAUUCAUCAAAUCAAGCAAAAGUAGAUAAUCAGCCAGAAGAAUUAGUGCGUAGUGCUGAAGAUGAUGAAAAAGCAGAUCCAGAACCAGAUACAAAUGAAUGCGUACCAAGAAUUUCCACAGUGCCUACACAGCCUGAUAAUCCAUUUUCUCACCCUGACAAACUCAAAAGGAUGAGCAAGUCUGUUCCAGCAUUUCUCCAAGAUGAGAGUGAUGACAGAGAAACAGAUACAGCAUCAGAAAGCAGUUACCAGCUCAGCAGACACAAGAAGAGCCCGAGCUCUUUAACCAAUCUUAGCAGCUCCUCUGGCAUGACGUCCUUGUCUUCUGUGAGUGGCAGUGUGAUGAGUGUUUACAGUGGAGACUUUGGCAGUCUGGAAGUUAAAGGAAAUAUUCAGUUUGCAAUUGAAUAUGUGGAGUUACUGAAGGAGUUGCAUGUUUUUGUGGCCCAGUGUAAAGACCUAGCAGCAGCGGAUGUAAAAAAACAGCGUUCAGACCCAUAUGUAAAGGCCUAUUUGUUACCAGACAAAGGCAAAAUGGGCAAGAAGAAAACAGUCGUAGUGAAGAAAACCUUGAAUCCAGUGUAUAACGAAAUACUGCGGUAUAAAAUUGAAAAACAAAUCUUAAAGACACAGAAACUGAACCUGUCCGUUUGGCAUCGGGAUACAUUUAAGCGCAAUAGUUUCCUAGGGGAGGUGGAACUUGAUUUGGAAACAUGGGACUGGGACAACAAACAGAAUAAACAAUUGAGAUGGUACCCUCUGAAGCGGAAGACAGCACCAGUUGCCCUUGAAACAGAAAACAGAGGUGAAAUGAAACUAGCUCUCCAGUAUGUCCCAGAACCAGUCCCUGGUAAAAAGCUUUCUACAACUGGAGAAGUGCACAUCUGGGUGAAGGAAUGCCUUGAUCUGCCACUGCUAAGGGGAAGCCAUCUAAAUUCUUUUGUUAAAUGCACCAUCCUUCCAGAUACAAGUAGGAAAAGCCGCCAGAAGACAAGAGCUGUAGGGAAAACCACCAACCCUAUCUUCAACCACACUAUGGUGUAUGAUGGAUUCAGGCCUGAAGAUCUGACGGAAGCCUGUGUAGAGCUUACUGUCUGGGACCAUUACAAAUUAACCAACCAAUUUUUGGGAGGUCUUCGGAUUGGCUUUGGAACAGGUAAAAGUUAUGGGACUGAAGUGGACUGGAUGGACUCUACUUCAGAGGAGGUUGCUCUCUGGGAGAAGAUGGUAAACUCCCCCAAUACUUGGAUCGAAGCAACACUGCCUCUCAGAAUGCUUUUGAUUGCCAAGAUUUCCAAAUGAGCCCAAUUUCCACUGGCUCCUCCACUGAAAACUGCUAGACCAGUGGAAUCUUAUCUUGAAAAUCUGAGUAGGUGGACAAAUAUCCUCACUUUCUAUCUACAAAGUGCAACUAAGGAAUACUACACAGCAUGUAAAAGUCAAUCUGCAUGUGCUUCUUUGAUUACAAGGCCCAAGGGAUUUAAAUAAUAACGAAUUGUGUAAUUUGUGAUUCUAACAUUAAGAAAGAUAUUUGAACAAGCUAGGAAAAUUGAAUUUCUGCUGCUGCUUCAAAGAAAAAGCUGCCCCAGAACAUUAAACAUGGGGUGUUAUUAACAAGCAGAAUGUUCUAGUUUGCCGUUGUGAGUUUCACGUCACAGUCCUGUGCCACAGUUGAGAGGGUCUGGUACCCUUGCAGGACCUUGUAGGUUAUGGGAAAAAGUAGCAAAAAGAUACUCAAAGUGGGGGAAUGGAGACAGAACAUUGGUGAUAAUAAAGAAUUGGACCUUAAGAAACUAUUUACUCUGUAAUCUCUAAUAAAAUAUGGAAUUCCAUGUUAGGGCAAUGAGACUGAAUUUACUGGUGUUUUUCUGCCUUGAGAAAACAGGCAGUUAAAACAAGUCUCAAAUGUAUUUUAGUGCCACCCACUGGCCAUAGAUGAAAUUCAGUUUUUGGCUUGUUUUGACUUAAUUCCAAAAUAGGUCUCCAGCCCAUAUUUUUAUGAGUUUAUUUUUUAAAAAACCCUGCAUAUAUAUGAUUGUUUUUAUUAUAACUUUACUAUAUGAAAGCAGCAUGAGUAGUCACAAACAUGUUUUGCAACAAAGUUUAAAUUAGAAUGUAAGCUUUUCAGUUAUACUGUAUUUCUUAUGUAUGUAAAAUUUUUCAUAAAAUAUUUUAUAAAAAUCCUUAGUCAGAAUAAAUUAUCAUUUGAUUUAAAUUA